AUGCAGACACAGCACGAUGUAUCAGAUGCGGCCCCACAACUGGUCAACCGGCUUGGCGAAAGCAGAUCACCCUAUGUGCGCGGGCAUAUGAAUAACCCGGUAGCAUGGCAGCUCUGGGAUGCAUCGGCAAUCAAUCUCGCGCAGAAACAUAAUCGUCUGAUUUUCCUUAGCAUUGGAUAUUCGGCCUGCCACUGGUGCCAUGUCAUGGAAAAAGAAUCAUUUAUGUCCCCAGAGGUUGCUGCCCUUCUCAAUGAAUCAUUCAUUCCUAUCAAGGUCGACCGCGAAGAACGGCCAGAUAUUGACGAUAUCUAUAUGAAUUAUGUCCAAGCGACCACUGGCUCAGGGGGUUGGCCCUUAAACGUCUUCCUCACCCCCGCCCUCGAACCCGUGUUCGGAGGCACAUACUGGCCCGGUCCCAACUCCUCCAUGUUGCUGGGUCCUGAAACCACUGGUUUUGUGGAGAUUCUUGAGAAGCUGAGUGAUGUUUGGCAGACACAGCAGCAACGCUGCUUAGAGAGCGCGAAGGAUAUCACCAAGCAGCUGCGGGAGUUCGCCGAAGAGGGAACCCACUCGCAACAUGGAGAGCGAGACGAUGACGAAGAUCUGGAUAUCGAGCUUUUAGAAGAGGCCUAUCAACAUUUUGCGUCUCGCUAUGAUAGCAUCAAUGGCGGAUUCGGCCGCACACCUAAAUUUCCCACUCCGUCUAAUCUCACUUUCCUUCUUCGACUCGGUACAUACCCUAGCCAAGUUACUGACAUUGUUGGCAAAGAAGAAUGCGAAAAGGCGACUGCUAUGGCGGUCACAACUCUAGUGAACAUGGCCCGUGGCGGAAUUCGGGAUCACAUUGGUCACGGCUUCUCUCGGUAUAGUGUGACGACUGAUUGGAGUUUACCCCAUUUCGAGAAGAUGCUGCAUGACCAGGCACAACUUUUGGAUACCUAUGUUGAAGGGUUCCGUCUGACCCAUGAUCCUGAAUUGCUGGGUGCUGUUUACGACUUGGUAGCUUACUUGACCAGCCCUACUUUGCAAUCACCAACCGGAGGGUUCUUUUCAUCUGAGGAUGCUGACAGUUUCCCAACCCCCAACGAUACAGAAAAGCGGGAGGGUGCCUUCUAUGUCUGGUCGUUGAAGGAACUCACCCAAGUGCUCGGUCCCCGAGACGCUCCCGUCUGCGCCCGUCAUUGGGGCGUACUGCCUGAUGGGAAUGUUGCGGCUGAAUACGAUCCACAUGAUGAGUUCAUGAAUCAGAAUGUGCUGUCAAUCCGUGCAACACCAAGCAAGCUAGCCAAGGAAUUUGGACUCGGUGAAGACGAAGUGGUGAAGAUGAUUAAAAGCGGGAAACAAAAGUUGCAUGACCACCGAGAGAAAACUCGAGGGCGUCCAGAUCUAGACGACAAGAUCAUUGUGGGUUGGAAUGGAUUGGCGAUCGGGGCACUCGCCAAAUGCAGUGUCUUAUUUGAGGAAAUUGAGAACUCCAAGGCCGUCCAAUGCCGGGAUGCCGCCGCCCGCACAAUCGGCUUUAUUAAAGACAAUUUAUUCGACAAGCCCACGGGUCAAUUGUGGCGUAUCUAUCGCGAUGGGAGUCGUGGUGAGACCCCUGGCUUUGCUGACGACUACGCCUACCUAACCAGCGGUCUGCUGGACAUGUAUGAGGCUACCUUUGACGACAGCUAUCUCCAAUUCGCCGAGCGGCUGCAAAAAUACCUGAACGAAUAUUUCCUCGCCAAGACUGGCUCCACGCCUGCUGGCUACUAUAAUACACCUUCAAGUAUGACUCCUGGCAUGCCUGGCCCACUCUUCCGACUGAAGACCGGUACGGAGUCUGCCACGCCGUCUGUCAACGGCGUGAUUGCCCGUAAUCUACUACGUCUGGCCGCCCUGCUGGAGGAUGAAAGCUACCGAACCCUUGCGCGACAGACCUGCAAUUCGUUUGCGGUCGAGAUCAUGCAGCACCCUUUCCUUUUUGUUGGAUUGUUGGAUGUGAUUGUAGGCCUCCAAAUCGGGACUCGGACCAUUACAGGUGUCUUUGGCACCGCAGACAUUAGCAAAGAACCGGUUCCACGCGAUAGCAUUCUCAGCCGGCGAGAUGAACCCGUCGCAGCGCGCGAUCUGCUCUCACGACGAGUUCGAUCCGAAGCCGGUACCGGGUUUGGUUCUUCAUCCGUUGUUACCUCGUUAGUCGAUGUGCGGCCCUCCCAUACAAAAGAUUUUGUGGGCAAUCAGUCCUUCUGGUUGAAAGGGCGCAAUCCACUAUACAAAGAUCUCGACAAAGCUGACCCGCCGAAGAAUUAUUUGUCGAUAUGUGAGACCGGGACAUGUCGAAUUGUGGAUCUUUAG